AUGGUGGACCAGUUUACUAAGUGGGUGGAUUGUGUCCCCCUCCCCUCCCAGACAGCUGAGGUUACUGCCACAGUGGCAGUGGACGAAUUCUUUGUUAGGUUCGGCUGCCCCCUUGAGAUAUUUACAGAUCAGGGGCGCAACUUUGAAAGUAAGUUGUUUACUGCUGGGUGCGACCUCCUCGAAAUACAUAAGGCCCCCACCACCCCCUACUGUCCGUCUGCCAAAGGACAGGUGGAGCGCUACAAUAGAACCCUUAUGGAUGCGGUAAGGUGUUAUAUUGAUAAGGCCCAAGACUGUUGGGACGAGCAUCUGGCCCAGAUAGCGGGGGCCUUCCGCUCUGCAGUCAAUCGUAAUUCAAGGUUCACCGCCAACAAACUCAUGCUUUGUAGAGAGGUCAAUACGCCAGCUAGCCUGAUGUACAGGUCCCCCCUGCAGGAGGGCCCUGCAGAUAUGGAGACGUGA